GAAGCAAUCAAUGCAACCAUAAUUUUUUUAGACGGUUUAAAAAAACUACCGCCAGGUGGAAAUGACAUAAAUAUACUGGUAGCCACUCACGAACUCGAAUCAUUUGCAGUUAAAUACGGCAAGACUCAUCUCACAGCGAAUGAAAGCGCAGUUAUUGUGCAAAAAUUGUUUGGUGAGUUUUAUGCUCUGUUUGAUGAGUCAGGUUUUUUUUAUUUUUAUUUUCAAUUGAAUAUUUAUAAAUUUACAUCCAGCUUCAUAUUCAAGAUCACAUUAAUUUACGCUAGAUGCUGACGCUCACAAGGAAAAAUGAACACAAGUGGUUAGUAUGGCCGUAAUUAAUAAUGGUAUAUUAACCGGUUAGCUUUUUACAGGAGUGGCCUAUACCAGGAGCUAGGUUAAGGGGGGAGGGGGAGGGCUGAGUGAUCACACCUGGAAUUAACUAGGCCAUUUUAAAAAUAGAAAUCUAUGCAAAAGCUAUGCAAACAAAUCUUUUUUUUAGUAAACUAUCCCGGGUAUUGAAUUUUUCUAUACGAACAGACAUAGGACAGACAGGCUUUUCUACAUGAAAUUUUCCAAAACCAGCCAUUACAAAUUGUGCUAUACAAAAACUAAAACCUCUUGUUGUUGAAUUAAUAUAAGAAAAUGGCGAACCUGGAAGUGAAAGGGGUGUACCGGCGGGUGUACGUUACGUCUUAAUGGGCCGACCGUUUGACUUUUUAGGGGGGGUAUGGGUGAUUUCAGGAAAAAAUAUCCUGCAGACUGAUUUCGAGGAAAAAAUAAUUCUUGGAAGGAAAUACCUGGCGGAAAAAGUUUUCGCACUAAAGAGAAAUAUUUUUCAUGGCUUGUAAUGUUGGGAAAAAAUCUUACAUCGUCAAGUUGUUAAUGUCAGGAAAAAAAUUAUAUCCCCAGAGGUUUGGGGAAAAAAAAGUCUUACCCAAACCAAAUCACCUAUCCCCCCGUCAAAGUCAAAUGCUCGGCCCCUGACUAAAUUUUCUUCUCGCAUCGAUGGGUUACCAAUUUCUAUAGGUAUGGGGCUCCGCUAUAAAAAUUUGCUUGCUAUAACGAGUUUACAGAGAAAAGUCACUAAAAUUGUAUGACAUCUUACGAAUAUUGUGAUAACUGACAUAUUUCAUUGGUAAGACUUUACAGUCAGAUAGUUAUUGGUUAUUGGUUUUGUAGAAAUGAAGAUUCAGAGGGUUUUGGGAAACAAUACGGAACCGAUUACUUGCCCUAAAAGCAAUGGAACAGAGAGCAUUGUCAUUCCUUCGGAAAACUUCAAAGCGCAAGGUAAAGGCAGUGUCACUAGCUGCUCAAUUAUGAGAUAAUCAUGAGUACUUGCACUGUAGCGACCAUUAUUUUAUAAGUCCUACCAGUUUUUCAAACAUUGCACUAAGCACGACCACUUCAGAGCACUUUGGCACCGGCAAGAUUGUUUGGAAUUAGUUAAGAUUGAGUUAAGAAUUCAAAUAGCCUAUAUUAUGCUAACUCAAGAAAGGAGAAAUAAAAGGCCAGAGACCUUAAUGUUAAAUAGACCUAUUCGGCUAACUCAAUGUUGUACCCAAUUCAAAUCUCCCGGGGAUAAGAUUCUUUGUGUAUUGCAUUUGCAUUAUAAUGUGGCAUUCACAUUUAAAUGAUAUGGAAAUUCCUGAAACAAAACGUUUUAUUCCCAAAGGGUUUGAAUUGGGUACAACAUUGAGUUAGCCGACUAAACAUUUCACUUUUUUGCCUAAUCACUAUAAUUUUAUCUCAGACACUGUCACCGUAUGCAUGCUCUACCAUGGUGAGGUCAGGAAGUGGAUACCCGGUGAAGAAAGAGUUAAUGGAUUAAACGGGUUAGGCAUAUAG